UAUCUUGAACGAGCUGAUCGUAAUGCAACUCCUCAACAGGCAUACAAGUGGCUGACGAAACAUUUCGAACAGUACUGUAAAGGAGCUACAUCUCUUCCUCCACAGGAACAAAAACACUGUCUCGAGAAAUUCGUUGCUUCAGAAUGCUUUAAGCUGCAACUAGAUCAAGUUCGAGCCCAGUCUUUGGAACGGUUGGUUAUAAACUCGUUUUGGUCGACUACAACAAAUAUUGGUUGA